AUGAAGAAUGAAGAGCAAGCACGGACUCUGUUUGGGAUUUCUCUUUCUGAGAGGCCCAGAUGGAAACAAUUCCUCAUUUGCUCUUCUGGGUUCUUCUUUGGUUAUCUUGUCAAUGGCAUCUGUGAGGAAUAUGUGUACAACAGGCUCCAAUUCAGCUAUGGAUGGUACUUCACGUUUGUUCAAGGAUGGGUGUAUAUAUUCUUGAUUUACUUGCAAGGCUUCACUCCAAAGCAAAUGGUGAACCCAUGGAAGACUUAUGUGAAGCUCUCUGCUGUGCUCAUGGGUUCAAAUGGACUUACCAAAGGCUCUCUGGCUUUUCUCAACUAUCCGGCACAGCUCAUGUUCAAAUCCACCAAGGUUUUGCCAGUGAUGGUAAUUGGAGCCUUCAUUCCUGGUUUGAAACGAAAAUAUCCACCUCAUGAAUACAUAUCUGCUGUGCUUUUGGUGGUGGGUUUGAUCCUUUUCACCUUAGCGGAUGCUCAUACUUCGCCAAAUUUCAGUGUGAUUGGUGUCUUGAUGGUAUCUGGCGCGUUGAUUAUGGAUGCCUUUUUGGGGAACUUGCAAGAAGCUAUCUUUACCAUGAAUCCUGCAACAACGCAGACGGAAAUGCUUUUUUGCUCUACCCUUGUUGGCAUGCCUUUCUUGAUCCCACCAAUGCUUUUCACAGGAGAACUAUUUAAGGCAUGGAGUUCAUGCUCUCAGCAUCCUUAUGUUUAUGGAGUUCUGGUAUUUGAAGCCAUGGCAACCUUUAUAGGACAAGUGUCUGUUCUUUCCCUAAUUGCCCUAUUCGGUGCUGCCUCGACCGCAAUGGUGACGACAGCUAGGAAAGCAGUUACUCUAUUGCUGUCGUAUCUGAUCUUCACAAAGCCGUUAACUGAACAACAUGGGAGUGGACUUCUGUUGAUGUCUAUGGGGAACAUAUUGAAGAUGUUGCCAGAUAAUAAGUCCUCCAAGAAGAGAUCGACUACUCCAUCUCCUCCUCCUCCCAUGGUUGAAAAGGAAUCUCAGAGUGAAGACAACAGGUUUCAAAUUGGAAGUGAAGAAGCAGAGGAAAAAAAGCCGUUGGUCUGA